GGCUAGUUCGGAAGAAACUCCAGGGUUCGCCUCGGCGCAAUAUCCCGAUUCGAAAGACUUACUCCACGUUGAGGACUCUAAAAACACAGUCAAGCAAAUUAAAUAUGCGACAAGCAGACUGGAAGCUUACACAAGAACUGUAGGUACGACCAUGGCGUCUGUGGAGUCUCUAACAAUCGGUGAACUCGACGAUUUUCUUUGUCAAUUUUACACAAGUUUACGGAAAGGUGACGGCCAAGCAUACACAAGAAAAUCGAUGCUUGCAAUUCGGUUUGGCCUGCAGAGACACUUCCAAUCCUUGCACAGCUGGAAACUCUGUAAGAAUGCCUUAUUUGCUGGAAGUAAUAAGGUAUUUCAGGGAAUGUUGGUCAACUUGAAUUGGAAAGGAAAGAAUAAUAAAGUGAUACACAAGGAGGGUCCGAUCUCCGUGGCGGAUAUGAACAAAAUUCAAACAUCCAAUGCGUUGGAUUUGAGUUCCCCGACUGGGCUACAGAAUAAGGUGUUCAUCGACAUCACAGUAUAUUUUGGGAUUGUCGGAUGUGAAAAAAUGCGUGACAUGAAGCCGAAUGAUUUUACGUUUUCAAGAACUGGAGAUAACAUUCGUUAUGUAAUUGUAACAAACUGCAGUCAAAAGACAUGUCAAAGUCGUGACAUCAUUAGUGAGAGCUCAUGUGAGGGUGUUAUGUAUGAAAUCCCAGGCUAUGACAGAUGCCCCGUAGCGUCCUUGGAGAAAUACUUAUCAAAAUUGAAUCCCAAACGCCCUGAUAUACUUUGGCAAAAACCAAUCCCACAUGUACCAGACAAUGGACCCUGGUACUUUAGUCGCCCAACACCACUGCACACACUCGGCUCCAAAAUGAAAACGAUCUCAGCAAAUGCGGGUUGUCGUAAAUUGUACACAAACUAUUGUCUUAAGGCGACUCCUGUUGGUAUUUUACGCAUUGCAAGCUCGCUGAGACAGGCUGCUGACAGGGAUAUCUCAAACAAGGAUGGAUUGGAAAUCUUAUGUAGGUCACGGGAAAACACUCAAGACUUUGCAUCGGAAGAGAUUCUUUCCGAUGUUUCUUUAUCGCUGCUCAAGGAUGAGAACAGUAACAAGAGUGCAUCUGCUUCUCAACAAUUACAAGAGGACCACCCUCACUCUCAAAUUGAACAACCUAAACAACCCAAGCCUUCAGAUCUAGCCACAGCAGAAACUUCAGAAGAUCUUCCCUCGUUCUCUUUUCUGUCAUCCAUAAAUCUUAAAGAUCUGAUGAAAGUGGAAGAUUCUAAGAGCACGAACAGACAGCUCAGAUAUGCAUUGACAAGGUUGGAGGUGUUUGCCAAGCAUCUUGGUUCAUCGAUACCCUUGGUUGAAGCUAUGUCAAUGAGAGAAUUAGAUGAGUUUCUUUGUCGAUUCUAUGCCAACUUGCGUAAGUUUGAUGGGCAAAUGUACACUAAGAAAUCAAUGCAAGGGAUCAGGUAUGGAUUGCAGAGAUACUUUCAAACAUUGCAUAACUGGGACAUUUGCAAAAAGAGUGCUGAAUUCAAAGGGAGCAAUAAAGUCUUUAAAGAGAUUCUCAUAAGCAUACGGAAAGGAGGUAAAGUGGUAAUCAAACACAAAACUCCAAUCUCAGCAGCCGAUAUGGACAAAAUUCAAUCUUCCCCGGAGUUGGAUAUGAAAUCUCCAAGGGGACUCCAGAAUAAAGUCUUUUUUGACAUUAUGGUUUAUUUGGGCAAAUCAAACCAAUACCGCAUGCAAGAGAUGAAGCCGAGCGAUUUCACGGUUGCCAGAGACAGCAAUUAUAAUCAGUAUGUCUCAAAAUGUGGCCAUAGCUUCAGUGAAGAUGAUCAUGAAUUUACCAAGGGUGCUAUGUUCGAGAUUUCAAACUCUGACAAAUGUCCUGUGAGGUCAUUUCAAAAGUACUUGUCAAAGUUGAAUCCAAACCGCCCGGAUUUGUUUUGGCAACGACCUAGAGAAACAGCACCAAAGACUGGUCCAUGGUACAUUGAUGCCCCUGUAGGACUUCAUUCCCUCAGUGACAAAGUGAAAAUAAUUUCAACUAAUGCUGAAUGUAGGAAAGUCUACACCAAUGACUGUCUCAGAAUUACCCCUGUGGCUGUUCUACGUAGCAAGGGGAUGAUGAAAGACUAUCACAGUAGAUCAAGCGACACUGAAAGUUAUUCGAAUUCAGACAACAGCCUCUUAGAAGACUGGACGCACAAUGAUGACAAUCCUCAAACUUCAUGGCAGCGCCAGAGUACACCUCCAAUUUCUGCAGCUUCUUCAGACAUGCAGGCAUCACGAACAGACUCCCAACACCAGUCCAAGAACAAGGACAACAACCAAGAUACACUUCAGGCCGAGCACUCGGGGCAAACGCUCCAAGAGAAAAACCCAACUCUUUUCCCGGUCAAACGAAAACGUGCCCCAGGCGGGGGCAGAAAGCGACUCCCACAAGCAGAGAAGAAAAAAGCCAUCAAAGCUGCUCAAAAGAAGUACAGAAUGUCGCAUAGCCGCGAGCCUGACAAUCGGCUGAAGCUAUCGCCUAGCAUCAGUACCCUGUGGCUUCCCCUGUCGUAUAAACUUGGACUUGACAAGAAUCAGCUCGCAAUAAAGCUUCUGGAACUCUAUCACGCAUCUCAAGGAUCAACUGAUGUUAACUUCUUUGGUGAAAAAUCGACCCCCCUGAGAAGUUGCAUCGGAUUUCACGGCUGGAAAGAUGUGCGUUACUCGGACAGCCUGGUCAUGGAAAUCACUGGUGUCUCCUUAAAGACGUUUCAUAUCCUCCUUGAGCAGCUUCCAGAUCCCCUACCCAUACUUGGAGGUCUGACCACUGAGAAUGGGCUUCUCAUGUUCCUGAUGAAGCUACGGAUGGACCCACCGUAUAAGUACCUCGCAGCUCAGUUCAGUGUGGCCCAGGCGACCAUUGAGCAAACCUUCCUCUGCAUCUUAGUCUACCUUGUGGAGCUGUCUUCUGCUUGCAUUCAAUGGCCACUUAAGGAGACAGUGCUCAGCAAGAUGCCACCGUGCAUCAAGAGAAGCUACCCUAAGUGUAGACUCGUCUUGGACUGUCUUCAGAUUGAAGUGGAGGCACCGGAGCAACUGCGGGAUCAGCUACCAAUGCUCUCAAGACUGGACAGCACCUUCAAGGCGAAGGCUCUCAUCGGGUUGACUCCGAACGGUUGCAUCUGCUUUAUCUCCAAGUUCUUCUCAGGGGAGAUCCUACAAAGUAAACUGUCGAAGCUAAGCUCUGUCUACUAUGCCCUUCAUGUCGGCGAUCAGGUACUCUCGUUACAGCCCGAUAGUUUCAUAAGCAGCAUGCAAGGAGUCUCCAUCUUCCAAGCUCCAAUUUUGCCUCGAAUAAUCACACAGACGAACCCUAUUUACAAAGAGGAGUCCGUCCUCUUGAACAAGCACGUUGACAUGCUGAAACAGCGGCUACGAUCUUUUGGAAUCUUGAGAUCCAAGUUGCCAUGCGACAUGUUGCCGCACAUUGAAAUGUUGGUCCAUAUAUGCGCUGUUCUGGCAAACUUUGAAACUGCUGCACAGGGAGAUAAAUGAGUGUCUUUGCUUGUAUGUUAAAAAUAGCCUACAUGUACAUGUACAUAGGCCUGUGCAACUUUUGGUUGUUUUCUAACAAAUCAGGCUACAGAGUUCAUAUGAUUUACUUUAGAAAUCUAGGAUGAGAUUCACAGAGCUGCUUUUAAGUGCAAAAACAAGCCAAGCUCAUAACAAUAUUCUUACCAGAAUAAGGUUACCAGAUUAGUCUUUAAAUAGUUUCCCGUUUAGUUUCGCUUAGCAGAAGAGUGUCAAAGGAACACCUUGCCUUGGAUCGGUCGAGUUGGUCUUUGAACAUUGAAAAGCGUUUGUAACCGUUUG